UCUCUAAGGGCACUGAAGAAGGCAGAGGUCCUCAGAGCCUUGAAUGCCAACCAGAUCUGGGGAAGCCAGGAGUAUCAAGGAAAAACUGACAAGGACUCUGAGACCCGUGCUUCCUGAAGCACUUCUGUCCCUGCGGGAAGAGGAAGAUGGCUCUGAAAAGCAUGUGGCUGGUUUUUCUGAUGAGCUAUGUAGUCAGCACUGAAGUCGUGGAUGCCAUUGUCCUGAGACCUAGCUGUGCUACCGGGUGGUUUUACCACAGGUCGUAUUGCUACGGAUACUUCCGGAAGCUGAGGAACUGGUCCGAGGCUGAGCUCGAGUGUCAGUCAUAUGGAAACGGAGCCCACUUGGCAUCUGUCCUGAGUUUAAAGGAAGCCAGCACCAUAGCAAAGUACAUAGGUGCCUAUCAAAGAAACAAGCCGGUGUGGAUUGGCCUGCAUGACCCGCAGAAGAAGCAUCGAUGGCAGUGGGUCGAUGGAGCCAUGUCUAUUUACAAAUCCUUGUCUGGCGAGUCCGUGGGUGAGAACAAGUACUGUGCUGAGAUGGAUGCCAAGACCAAUUUUUUAACUUGGACCAGCAAAGAAUGCAACGAGCGCCAACACUUCCUGUGCAAGUACCAACCCUAGAGCAAGAAUCCAGAUCCUUCCAACCCUGGCUCAAGGCCCUUUCUUCUUCCUUCUCUGCCAUGAUGCCUAUCUGAUCAUUGUCUCGAAGAGUAAACAUAGCAACUAAGA